UAAAGCGCAUGCUCAGUAGGUUUUGCUCAUUUGGUUAGACCGGCUAACUCCAGAACYAAAUAUUUGAAACAUUGUCCGAAAGUUAGCCUUAACGCUUACAAAUUGCACUGGACAACAGAGAACACUUGUAAGAACGAGUUCCAACAUCUGGUGGCAAACGAACGAAGGCGGCCUCAAGUACAAAGCAAUCAAAGACAUCAGGAACAAUGUCAAUUCUCUUGACAGGAAGAUCAAACGAAGAGGCAUUGUAUAGACUCCAAAUAUAGCACCACAGCGAGCUAUGAACACUCAAAGCUACAACGAACGAUCUAUGUGGCACUAAAAAAAACUAUCAGGUAAUAAUAAGAUUCCUUUUAAGGACGAAUGAAAUACUUUAWUCUGGAUCGAUUCAUCUAGAAGGUGUGAAAAGCAAGUCGGUGCGCUAAUAUAGUUAUCCCUUCGAGCACCUGCGACUUGAAAAAGCUACAAUCUGCCGUCUCAAUAGUCCUUCGACAAAGUUCCAUCAAGGAUAAAGAUAAGUGAAGGCUAAAACUGACYAUUUCCGCUCUUUUGCAGCACCCAAUGAAUAUAUAAUACAAAUUGACGAUUUUUUURCACUCUUUUAAGAAAGAACAAUCGAUUAACCGGCUUAAUUUCUCAUGCAACGAAACGCCGGCGGACACCGAAGUUAAUCUGCUUUUGCAGUACCAGAKGACAAGUCAUCAGACGUAUUUACCUAAAAUGAUUCAACCGAAAAGUAGAAGAAGUGAACUUAAUCAUUUUGAAGUGUUCAGAACACUGAAAACGUAUUGAGAAAAAAAAUCCGCUUCAUUCUUUGAUCUCCAUAAAACUUGCAGAAACAAAAACAGCAACAACAUAAACGAUAAUAACAACAAGCACAGAGGAAAAGGCAUGGACAUCGUCAAUUCUCCAACCAAGGUGAAUUCUUCACAGACAUCAUGCAAUUACGCCAUUGAUCGUACAAACGUUGCUCUAUCAUCAACAUUUACGGCUGUCAUGGCGACGGUGGCAAUAGCCGGCAAUCUGCUUGUUCUCAUUGCGAUUGCAAAAACGCCUCGGUUACGAACGGUGACUUGUUACUUUGUCGCAUCUCUUGCGGUCGGUGAUCUCUACUUAAACGUUAUAUUGGUUCCAAUGUGGAUAGUUAAGUUGGAUAAAAAUCUGUGGACAUUGGACAAUCAUCCACUUCAGCUGGCGAUUGAGUUUUUUAGUCUUCAAAUGGCUACAUCAGUUAUAUUCAACUUAUGUAUGGUGAGCGUUGAUAGGCUUAUUUCCAUAAAAUACGUGUAUAAAUACGCACAGAUAUUGACUCCUAAACGAUGCAUGGUUGCCAUCGUCUGCAUAUGGGUGKUGUCACUUGUUUUUGCGUUUCCUCGUCUUCUUGUGACUGACAUUACAGACGUUUCCAGACUGUUUGCCAUUUUCGCUUUGGUCGUGAUGCUAAUUCCAUACAUGAUCAUUAUAUACUGCUAUGUUCGGAUAUAUAAGGUAGCUAAGAUUCAAGCGAAAAAAAUCGCUCUGAGCCUCUUCACCAGGCUCCAAACGGAGAGAAAUAAAAAAGGUUCAAUUACGAUAGGAUUAGUCAUUGGAAUCUACUCUCUGCUUGGGCUUCCUGUGGUAAUCGUAGCCAUUGUUGAUUAUAUAAAGACUAUUCGGGAUCCCUGUGCGGCGACUAAAAUGCGUGUGUAUUGGAUGUGGUCGCUAGCUCUAAGCUACAGUCACUCGGCAUACAAUCCAUUUAUCUACGCCGUAAGGAAUGAGCUUUUUAACCGUGCAAUUCGUAAAAUAUUGGGUUUGAAAUCUGGUCGAGUAAGAUUAGUAUAUACAGCAUCAACGAUCAAGAAACAAUUAUUCGUUGUCGUAUCGGCGUUUAAAAAGAGAUGGGUGUUUGGUUGGACAUGGUGUGAGAUAUCAUCAAUGUGUAGCGUCCUUCUCUGUGGGGCAUCAAUCCUUCAUUUGUGUGCUAUCAGUAUUGAAAGACUAAUCGCAAUCAAAUGGCCACUGUCCUACAACUGCAAAGUAACGAGAAAACGCGUACUGGUUGCAUUGACCUACAUAUGGCUGCAGUCGUCGUUACUUUCGCUCAUACCAUUACUGCCCGUGAACUACGCAAAACAUCGCUUUAACGCUCAAAUGGCCGAGUGUGAAAUAAACUGGAUACAAGAUCCCGAGCUUACUGUAUUUUUAUCCAUUUUUUACUUUUUCGUCCCAGUGAAUAUCCUUCUUAUUGCCUACGCAAAGAUUUUUAAAGAAGUUCGUCGAAACAUGAGGAGAGUGAACACAUUACGGCUGGAUGUGGAAAGCAAAUCAGCUUUUUCCAGGUUCAAAAAAGAGAUAAAAGCCGUCAAGACUUUAGCUGUUGUAAUAGGUGUGUUUUUUGUGAUGUGGCUACCGUUUUUCACAACAACUACGAUUCGUGCUUUCAAAGGUGAUGGGUUCAUUCAAGGUUGGGCCCAACGACUUACGUUGACAUUAGCUUAUGCGAACUCGGGAUGCAAUUUUGUGAUUUAUGCUUUGAUGAAUACUAAAUACAGAAAAGCAUUUUCGCAAGUUUUGAUGAACUUCUCCGAGAGAAGACUGUUAAAUUCUUGCGAUGUGACAAUUCAAAUGAAAACUUUAGCGAAAAGUUUGAAGUUGCCGCCUGUACUAGAACACAAAACUAACGAAGCUUUUACUAAAGACGAAAACCWCAAUAAUAACACUGAUAUUGAAAGAUAGGUGAAACUGGCUGUGCAAAGACAGAUAUAAACUAAUCYAAUAACAAAAAGAAUGGACAGAGAAAAUAAACAAACAACCAAACAGAGUGGACAAUUUGUGA